GUCGCAGAACGGACAGGAUUUGGGCGACUGAGCUCACCCUACGAGUUCUCCAGUUCUGAGGCAAAAUCUAUCCAAUAAAUUAAUAAUUACCAUCUACUCUGAUUUGGAGCGGUUCUAUCUCUGUUCACCUAGUUCUUCCUUUUUCCUUUCGUUAUCGCCCGGGUGAUUAUAUUGUUGCCCAGAUUCCGAACACAUAUAUAAGGAUUUCAUCUUGAAGCUUGGGUUUGUUAACUGCCUGCUAAGUUGCUUCGCCAAAAGUGGGUUUUCGAGUUGCGGUGCAGAUUUUGUUAUUCUAGGGUUCAUGGCUUCGUUGUUCAAGGACCCGACAAAGCUAUCUGUAUAUCGGGAUAGAAGAUUUCAGGGAACCCAAGAUGAAUUUGAAAUUGCACUUCAGACUUCAAUCACCGUUUAUGUGGGAAAUAUGUCCUUUUAUACAACAGAAGAGCAAGUAUAUGAGCUUUUUUCUCGAGCUGGAGAAAUUAAGAAGAUAAUCAUGGGUUUGGAUAAGAAUACGAAAACACCCUGUGGCUUUUGUUUUGUCCUAUACUAUUCUCGGGAAGAUGCAGAGGAUGCUGUGAAAUAUAUGAGUGGAACAAUUCUUGAUGAUCGUCCUAUCCGUGUGGAUUUUGAUUGGGGGUUUCAGGAUGGCAGGCAAUGGGGUCGUGGUCGAAGUGGUGGUCAGGUGCGUGAUGAAUAUCGAACAGACUACGAUCCUGGCAGAGGUGGCUAUGGAAAGUUGGUCCAGAAAGAGUUAGAAGCACAGAGGCAGCUUGUGGAUUAUGGUACCGGUUCACUGGGCUCUGUGCCGCCAGUGAUACCUCAGUAUGGAAAACACGGUGGAGGCCAUGGACAUGGGCAUCGGCAUGGUAGAGAUUACCAUCGUAAGCGCUACCGAGAUGAUGAUCACCAUGCCCAUGAAAGCUCUAAGAGAACGUCAGAUUAUGAAUCUAGGAGGAACCCUGAUCAUGAAUCCAGACCGGAGAAGAAUCCGAGGUUUCGGGAGAGUGGCGAUUCUGAUGAAGAAGAUGACGAUGACCGAAAGCAGCGGCGCUAACCCGAUUGUCAUUGCCAUAUUUUAAUGUGAGGAACCAUUUAAAUUGGCCAGCAUAAGUGAUAUAGGGGACAAGUUCAUUACUUCCGCAUGUCAAAACUAACGAGUUAUUCUUCUCUGUGUCAUGAGAUACGUUGUGCUUAGUUUAACGAAGGAAUGACUUCAAUUGCCGUCUUUACUGUUUAUUAUACGGAAUCAAGUAGGCAUUUUGUCACACUAUCUUCCAAAAAGAUGAAUAAUACGACUCUCAACAUAAAGUACUA